UCCAGCUGUGAGGAACGGAGUCUUUAUUACACAUCACACGUUCUGUAUUCUCUCUGAUUCACAAAGGAUGGACAAGGACAGGAGUCACAGGACGGAGAGGAUAAUAAAUAUCACCCUGGAGAUCAUCUACCUGCUGACUGGGGAGGAUUACACAGUAGUGAAGAAGUCAUCCAAUGAGUAUGAGAAACUCAGCAGCCAUCCCCGUGUGUCAGGAGGACUGAGUAGAACCCAGAGCCCCAUCCCAGUGCCUCCACCUCACUUACUGACACAUGAGAGACACAAUGACCAAAAGAUCCUGGAACUCACCAACAAGAUCAUUCAGCUGCUGACUGGAGAGGAGGCGGAGUAUAUAGAGGAACACAGGGAUCUGUACAAGGCGAUGAUGAUGGAGAAUCUCCGGCCUCUCACAUCACUGGAUGGGCCCAGUAACAGAGAUACCCCAGAGAGAUGUCCCCGUCCUCUGUAUUCCCAGGAUUGUACAGAGGAGAAUCACAGGAUCCCACAGGAGGAUCAGGGUGAAGCACAAUUAAAUAAUAUUAAAAUCAAAGAUACAGAGGUAGAAGAAGAGACGUAUGUGACUGAUAUUAAGGCAGAAGAUAUAGAGGGAGAAGAAGAGACGUAUGUGACUGAUAUAAAGGCAGAAGAUAUAGAGGGAGAAGAAGAGACGUAUGUGACUGAUAUAAAGGCAGAAGAUAUAGAGGGAGAAGAAGAGACGUAUGUGACUGAUAUGAAGGCAGAAGAUAUAGAGGGAGAAGAAGAUACGUAUGUGAGGGGUGAUCAGCAGUGUAAGGAGGAGGAGAUCCCUACAGAUAUCAGCACAGAUGGACACACAAGCAGGAAUAUCUCAGAAGGACAUCUAAUAUCAUGCCUGGAUUGUGAAAUAAAAGAUGACAGUAGACAGGAUUCUCCAGGAACUAAUCUCAUUACCCCAAUUGUACAUCCAGCUCUAUCAGCUGAUCCCUCUGAUCCUGGGAAAUGUUCUCCUGAUCACUCUGAUAUUGGUGCAUCUGUUACAGAUCUGAGAGUAGAUACAGUGUUUCCAUGUUCUAUAGAUGCACCAUGUUUUACACAGAACACAAAGCUUAUUACCCAUCAGGCAGGUAAGGCAGGUGAGAGGCCAUUUCCAUGUUCUGAGUGUGGGAAAUGUUUUACACGGAAAUCACAUCUUGUUAUACAUGAGAGAAGUCACACAGGUGAGAAGCUAUUUUCAUGUUCUGAGUGUGGGAAAUGUUUUACAUCCAAAUCAAAUUUUGUCAUACAUCAGAAAACUCACAUAGGUGAGAGUCCAUUUACAUGUUCUGAGUGUGGGAAAUGUUUUACACGGAAAUCACAUCUUGUUAUACAUGAGAGAAGUCACACCGGAGAGAAGCCAUUUACAUGUUCUGAGUGUGGGAAAUGUUUUUCACUGAAAUCGAAUCUUGUUCAACAUGAGAGAAGUCACACUGGAGAGAAGCCAUUUUCUUGUUCUGAGUGUGGAAAAGGUUUUUCACACAAAUCAUGUCUUGUUCAACAUGAGAGAAGUCACACUGGAGAGAAGCCAUUUACAUGUUUUGAGUGUGGGAAAUGUUUUACACGGAAAUUACAUCUUGUUCAACAUGAGAGAAGUCACACCGGAGAGAAGCCAUUUUCAUGUUCUGAGUGUGGAAAAUGUUUUGCACUGAAAUCAACUCUUAUCAGACAUGAGAGAAGUCACACCGGAGAGAAGCCAUUAUCAUGUUCUGAGUGUGGGAAAUGUUUUGCACUGAAAUCAACUCUUAUUAGACAUGAGAGAAGUCACACCGGAGAGAAGCCAUUUACAUGUUCUGAGUGUGGGAAAUGUUUUUCACUGAAAUCGAAUCUUGUUCAACAUGAGAGAAGUCACACUGGAGAGAAGCCAUUUUCUUGUUCUGAGUGUGGAAAAGGUUUUUCACACAAAUCAUGUCUUGUUCAACAUGAGAGAAGUCACACUGGAGAGAAGCCAUUUUCUUGUUCUGAGUGUGGAAAAGGUUUUUCACACAAGUCACAUCUUGUUACACAUGAGAGAAGUCACACCGGAGUGAAGCCAUUUACAUGUUCUGAGUGUGGGAAAUGUUUUUUACUGAAAUCGAAUCUUGUUCAACAUGAGAGAAGUCACACUGGAGAGAAGCCAUUUUCUUGUUCUGAGUGUGGAAAAGGUUUUUCACACAAGUCAUAUCUUGUUAUACAUGAGAGAAGUCACACUGGAGUGAAGCCAUUUACAUGUUCUGAGUGUGGGAAAUGUUUUUCACUGAAAUCGAAUCUUGUUCAACAUGAGAGAAGUCACACUGGAGAGAAGCCAUUUUCAUGUUCUGAGUGUGGGAAAGGGUUUAUACAGAAAUCACAUCUUGUUAGACAUGAGAGAAGUCACACAGGUGAAAAGCCAUAUUCCUGUUCUGAGUGUAGGAAAUGUUUUCCACGGAAAUCAGAUCUUGUUACACAUCAGAGAAGUCACACAGGUGAGAAGCCAUAUUCCUGUUCUGAGUGUGGGAAAUGUUUUGUAUAUAAAUCAAGUCUUGUUACACAUCAGAAAAGUCACACAGAUGAGAAGCCAUAUUCCUGUAUUGAGUGUGGGAAAUGUUUUGCAUGUAAAUCACAUCUUGUUAAACAUCAUAUAAGUCACACAGGUGAGAAGCCAUAUUCCUGUUCUCAGUGUGGGAAAUGUUUUGCAUCAAAAUCAAAUUUUGUUACACAUCAGAAAAGCCACAGAGGUGAGAAGCCAUAUUCCUGUUCUGAGUGUGGGAAAUGCUUUACAUAUAAAUCAUAUCUUGUUACACAUCAUAUAAGUCACACAGGUGAGAUGCCAUUUCCCUGUUCUGAGUGUGGGAAAUGCUUUACAUAUAAAUCACAUCUUGUUACACAUCAGAGAAGUCACACAGGUGAGAAGCCAUAUUCCUGUUCUCAGUGUGGGAAAUGUUUUGCAUCGAAAUCAUAUUUUGUUACACAUCAGAAAAGUCACACAGGUGAGAAGCCAUAUUCCUGUAUUGAGUGUGGGAAAUGCUUUGCAUGUAAAUCACAUCUUGUUACACAUCAGAGAAGUCACACAGGUGAAAAGCCGUAUUCCUGUUCUGAGUGUGGGAAGUGUUUUCCACGGAAAUCAGCUCUUGUUAGACAUCAGAGAAGUCACACAGGUGAGAAGCCGUAUACCUGUCCUGAGUGUGGGAAAUGCUUUACAUAUAAAUCAGCUCUUGUUACACAUCAGAGAAGUCACACAGGUGAGAACCCUUAUUCCUGUUCUGAGUGUGGGAAAUAUUUUGCAUGGAAAUACGAUCUUGUUAAACAUCAGAGAAGUCACACAGGUGAGAAGCCGUAUUCCUGUUCUGAGUGUGGGAAAUGUUUUGCAUGGAAAUCAGAUCUUGUUAAACAUCAGAGAAGUCACACAGGUGAGAAGCCGUAUUCCUGUUCUGAGUGUGGGAAAUGUUUUGCAUGGAAAUCAGUUCUUGUUAAACAUCAGCGAUUUCACAGGUGAGAAUCCAUUUUCAUGCUGUGAGAUAAAUAAAUCUGCUCUUGUUGAACAUAUUAGACAUUACCCAAGCACGGAACCAUUUAAAUCUUCUGGAGUAUAAUUAUCACUGUUGUGCAAUGUUCCUCAAGGGUCAAUCCUAUCUCCUAUGCUUUAUAAAAUAUAUAUGCUACCACUGGGUGAUAUAAUCAGACGUCAUGGCCUGGUCUACCACUGCUAUGUAGAUGACCUGCUUUUUGCUCCAUGUACUGAGAACCUAAUACCAAUCCUAAAUAGUUGUCUAGCUGGGCGCCAGGGGUGGAUGAUGCCAGCCCAGCAUUACAUGGUCCAAGGUACCAGAAGCAGCUUCUGCCUCCUUACUGCCCUGCUGGCUUCUACAGAUGAAGGAUUGUUACCAGCAGUACCAAGAAUCUCCUGUCAUUCAUUUAUGGGUUGAACUUUUAGUUUUGCAGCCCUGACCAUGGAACUCACUGCCUUGCACAGUCCAAGAGACCUCCACUCUAGAGACCUUCACAAGUAGACUGAUGACUGUUACUCACGCUUUUCAUUAAUGUACCUCUAUUUACUUCCUAAAUAAUACAUCCCAAAUGCUUAGGUCUUUUUUCUGCUGUUUAUUUUGUAUCUUGUGCUUUGUGUAAAUGUGUAUGUCUAAUACCAGUUUCUACAAUCUGUAUUGCUGCACGACAAUAUGGCGGCCAUUGGAACGUGUUUUCACUUCUUCUAGUUUGCCUAACUUGUUGCUGACACUCAUCUUGAUCAGGAGUGUUUUCAGAUACAAGAUCCUAUCUAUAUAUACCCUGUACAUUAUCAUGUGCAUUAGUCACCCGGGUUCCAUCUGCGGUGGUUUGUUGUAUGUUACAUCUAUAUGGUGCGGAUACUUCCUG